AUGGAACAUAGUAGUACAACUACAGGGGCUGAAGCGCAGAAUCGAAAGAAAAUAGUUGCACUGGAUCUAAAAUCUGCCGACUCUUCAAAUGAAAACAACAUGAGUACACACGAUGCGUUGACAACCUUUACCACGGACUCCACACCUGAGGCAUACAAAGUCAGCACCUCCGAUAUUCGAAGAUGGAAGAAAGUAGGCUGGAAAUCCAAGUUGACUCGUCGUCAAAAGUCAACGGAGUCUUUGGAAGAUGAGUUGAAACAGCACUUGCGCGUUGCCGUGGAACAAUUGCUAGACAGCUUGUUUAUCUACCUUUCGAAUCUACCGGAGCCAUCUUCCACUUCUUCCUCAACUACAGUCGGACUGACAUUGCCGGCUUCAGCGGUGGGCUGGUUAUCCCAAAAAUUGUUUUCGGAUACUGAUUUUGGAGCACAGAACGAGGGUGGUCUGGCUGAGCCAAAUUCAUCUUUGCUAAGCGGCUCAUUGCCUGGACGCCUGGCGUUGAUCAAGUUUCUGCUCCCCCGUGCUACGCAUGUGCGUCUGACAUCAGAACGCUGGCCAUCUCGAAGAAACCAGAAGGCAAUGGAGGCUGAGGAUACGAUACAUGUCAUGUGUGACCACAAUCCGCGGGGAGAUACUUCCGGCUCGUUUUUGGAAUACUAUGAUGCUUUGAUACACAGGCCGCGUGUAGACAUGCGCGUUUUUUGCCAAUGCAAAGUACUUCUGAUUGCUCAGGUGCCACCAUCAUCAAUUGUCAACCUUUACUGUAUCCGAAAUACUUUGCAGAUUUUGAGAGUUGAGCGCAGCUGUAUUUUCGACCUGCCAUCUUUCUUAUUACCGGCUGAGAAAAAUAAUACACGUUCCGAUUUCGAAGACCCGCUAUCGUCGCUGGUAGCCCCAAUAAUAUACCCCAACUUAGUUCAUGCUAAAUUAUCGUUCUGCGGCUUGGAUGAAUUGUCAGGGAUGAGGGGACGACGAAGAGCAGAUCAGACACGCGACCAGCCACCAUUGGGUUCUCUAACGGCUUUACAGUCGUUGAACCUUUCACACAACGAAAUUGUCUCGGAACGAACAGCUCUCUCUAGCGCAAGGAGAAUGCCAUUUCUGCAGCGAUUGGAUUUAUCUCACAAUCGGAUUACAAGUUUACGAAACGCACAUUAUCGUCUCGGUAAUAUUCAAACUCUACGCUUGUCCUACAAUCGCUUGAGAUCAGUACAGGGCAUUGACCGGCUUUACUCAUUAGAAAGUCUGUGGCUAGAUCACAACGAGCUUGAGGACUUGACAAGUAUAAGCGGCCUAUCGCGUCUUCCUGAGCUUCAAACCUUGCAUCUGCGCGGGAAUCCACUUGAACUCUUGCGGCUGCGCACGUACCGCAUUGGAGUGUUUGACUUGUUUUGUGAGCGCCGCUUGGCCAAUUUGGAUCAAAAUGCAACCUUCCGCCAAUUACAGCGGGCUUUGCCUAGCCUUGACUUAGAGCGCCCAUCUUUGAUGGAAAUGAAAGCUUUGCGUGAGCGCACUUUCGCACCGACAUAUGCUGUUGCACGCCCGCAUCGAGACUCUGAAGGUGCAACGGGUCUUGUCACCGAAAAUGCUAACAUUUCCUCGACGCAAGAAAACGGGAAUUUCGGUGCGUUGUCAAGGGCGACUGUCGCAAGCUUCGCAAUGCCGAAGCUUACAACAGGUAUCAAACGGAGUGCAAAAAGGCGACAUGCUCCAAUUCGUGGAAUGGAUGUCGAUUGGAAGCAGGGCAGAAUACGUCCUUAUCAAAGCAACGCAUGUUCACCGAUUGUGGAUUUCACUUCUAUUGAUGUCCUUGUGUCCAUGUCUGAAAUUUCUGAAGCACAGUUCGAGUCAGUGACGUUGAUUGAAACGAAGCAUUCACACGACCAGUGUGAGCAAGCUGGCGAAAAUGGAGUUGAGAAUAACAUCAAAAUUGAACCAUCUUUGUUUGAAGAAUACCUCAGAGCAGCGGAUCGGGUGGGGUCGAUACCAGUCGACCCGGACGGAGGCAGAGGCACUACUUUCUUCAAGGCAAGCAUGAAGACUGUAGUAGGUACCGAUAAGGAUGGUGAAGUUCCUGGAGAGAGACUAGGAGAUGCAUGUGGCAAUAUCGAUAUUGUUAAGGGCGACGAAGCUGCUGCAGCCGACGAGGAAAUUUCCGCGAAAUAUCCUAAAAACACCGAAGCUCACGAUUCACAGUCAAUCACGACUUUCCUUGAAACGAUAAAAGAAGGACAAGGCAUGCCAACCACUAAUGCUUUCGACUCUUCUAGCGAGGUACGUGCGUACGUAGGGCUUAAAGGAACCCCAUCGAAUGUGAAUGAAAACACUUCGCCACACUUGCUCUCUAUGUCAGUCUUCAAUGAUAACAUAGACAUGGACAGUGAUUUUGAUGAUGAGCUCGGAGGUGAUCUGCUGUCGAAGGGUCCGUCAACAAGGAAUCAUGGGAGAAGCGGUGUUAUUGGCUUGACGAAUCCGUCGCUGAUUGCAGAACAAAGCAUACCAACAGAUCAUAAUAGAAUGAAUCGAUUGUCUCUUUCCCCAAUCAAACGAAAACCGCCUAACCAAGACUUGACAAUUCCACAAGCCACCACAGAAGCAUUUUCGGAGGCUUCCUUUGAUGUGGAUGGUGAAGCGUCAACUCCUCCACGGUCUGUCAUAGUGAACGACUUAGAUGAGGGAAACUGGGACCAGCAUCGCAGCCUCAGAUCUGAGACAUCUUCAUGCGUGCAAAUGUCGAACGAGGAACAACUCGUCAUAAAUGUCACAUCAUUCCCCGACAGUUUGUGGCACGACGACACCAAUUCGAUCCACAGCGCCACCGUGACGCCUACAAGAAACAAAAAUUCUGAUCCUGGCAAAUUCGUCCUUGCUGAAAGAAACGCAACCUAUGAAGGUCCGGUUCAUUGCAAAAACUUCUUGAUUUACGACAAUCUGGAUUUUUAUUUUCAAUUAUUUGUUUUUCCGCCGCGGAGUGGGAAAAUGUGUGAAGCCGCUGCACCUACCUCGUGGCCUGGGGGCGCAGAAGAAGACUGGCGUGGAGUACUCGAGCGCUUCCCACGUAUUCAAUUAUGGCUAGUUGAUCGACAGUUGAGAGAAGCAGCCAACCGUGAAUCGAUGUCAGCACAUACAUUUGAAGAAUAUCGUCGAGUCUGGAGAGAAAGGGUGGUCGCUUGUGGUAAGCCUGCACUUCGGCGAUUGACACCAAAUCGUACAGCCCGGUACGGUUUUCACGGAGAGCUACUCUGGUCGGCAGCUGGCUCAUCGCACUUGAAGCCUGAGACUGUUGCUGAAUCCCGGAAUGUUCUACUUUGUUUGUCGAACGAAGCUUUUUACUUACUUUCCGAUCAUGAUAAGGUCAGCGCAAAAGCUGUGGAACAGAAGAAGACCUUUCCUAUUCCCAUACCCGAGCGUGCUAGAUUUUCAGAUGCAAAGUUUCCACACUCUAUGGCCCGGCACCCGCUUUCGCAGCUUCGAUCUAUUGCAAUUGGUUUUGGCUUCCAGCGCUUAACACUGCGAUUUCGCGAUCUGACGUCGGUAAAUGAAGAUGAUUUCACUUACAUUCUACUCAUAUCCAACAAGACCCAAACAGUGAAUUUGCUCAAGGAACUGCAGCAAUAUGCAGGAGACAAAGCGACAAGUAUUUCCGGAUUGAUCGCGUCAGAUAACGCAGUUACUAUUGAGAAUGACGAUCGAUACGUGCUUGACGCUGUCGGAGUGGCAGUGGCCCCGGACGUCAUCGAUACAAUUCUGCACUACCAGAUCUUACAGCAGCGCUGGAAACACGGCGAGCGUGGGACUGUAAAACGAGUUUGUAUUGUAACUGACGCGAAGAUAUAUCUUUUGGACGAAGACUACCUUGGCGACGGAUCUGAGUCCAUCGAUGCAGGGUCGCGUACUCUUGGGGAGCCUACAUAUCGUCUUGUGGAUUCGGCUUCCCUAUCACUGAUUGAUAAGGUCCAGGCAGCCGAUGCUGAUCCAAACUCUAUUACUAUUGUGAUUCAACCUCUCACCCGGUUGCAACGCUUUCGAAAUUGGAGGCUCUUGUGCCACGACAGCCAAGGAGCCGAAAGACUCGUGGAGGAUGUCCGAAAAGCAGUAGAGUUUGCGUCGUAA